GCCCAUCUGCCGAUCCGAUCCACAAUCCGCGGGGUAGCAGAUUUUAAAAAAGAAGAUCCUUGAGUGACUACAAAUACAGACUUGUUCUACCAGCCCUGGUUGAAGACUCUACUAGCAUGUCUGCCUAUGACAGAAAUCGCUACUAUGAGGAGGAGGCAGAUGACCCUGAGUAUCCAGGGGGUCAGAACUCAAUGCAAGGCCAUUGGAGAACCCAGGGGUACCCCGCCACCAGGAGCAAUCCCUACUCUGCAGGUUCCAGGAUGAACUCCUUUGCAGAACCAGAUUAUCCUGAAUCUCUCAAGAACUCUGCUUACCGAAGCACCAGGAUGAAUCCCUAUGCUGAAGGUUCCAGAACUGGUUCAGACUUUCACACAUCUCUACCAGAGCCAGAUUAUUUUGGCUUUCCAAGCAAUCCAUCAUCCAGAGAGCCUGACUCCCCUAGACAGCAACAGAAUCCUAAUUUUGCCAGCUCCAGGACAUAUCCACACUAUUUAGGGCCCCUGGGAGAACCUGACUACCCUGGAGCUCAAGAUAGCUCCCGCCAGCCUUCCUCCAGAGCCAAUUCUAGCCCUCGAGGCCCCAGAAGGAUUCUAGAACACCCAAGCUCCAGAGUCAGUCCCUACACAGACUCCCUGGCAGAGCCAGACUAUCCAGGUGCUCGCCACCAGCCUAAUGCUCUGCUCAUUUUUGAGAAACCGGACUACCCAGGUUCUGAGGAUGAUGUCGACCCCCCAAAGUUCUGGGGAAAACCUGAUUACCCAGGUGCUGAAGAUGGUCUCCAGUAUGGCUCUUCUGAGACCCCAGGAACAGCUAGAGGGAGGGAUGGCCCUUUGGACAUCCUUGGGAGUGAGUGUGAUGAUUACUCUGAAAGCAUUGAAAUGGCAUCCAUGCAGAGGGCAAAUCCACGUGGCCCCUAUCUGCCAGGAGCUCCCGGAAUCGGCUAUGCAAACUCUGCUUAUGUGGAUGAAAGCAGCCCUGUGUGUGCAUAUGGAAACCCAGUAGUGCCUGACUAUGAUUGGCACUCAUCACCCCAAGGACAAAAGUUAAUUGCCUCCCUGAUUCCCAUGACAUCUAGAGACAGGAUUAAAACCAUUCGGAGCCAGCCAAGAACCAUGGAAGAGAAGAGGAGGCUCAGGAGAAUAGUUGACAAAGAGAAAAGUAAACAGUCCCAUGGCGCCUUCCACAUGAAAUGCUGUGCUCAGUGUUUGAACUCCAUCUCUCGGGCCUACCGGAGGUGCAAGAACAGCCUUUCAGAGCUCCUCAAUUCCAUCAGCCUGUGGCAGAAGAGGUUCAAGGUCAUCGGCGGCAAGUUUGGCACCAGCGUCCUCUCCUAUUUCAGCUUCCUCAGGUGGCUUUUGAAGUUCAACAUCUUCUCAUUCAUCGUGAACUUCAGCUUCAUCGUCAUCCCUCAGUUUACUGUGGGGGAAAGGAACACCCUGCGGUUCACCGGGCUGGAGUUCUUCACUGGGGCGGGUUAUUUCCAGGACACAGUGAUGUACUAUGGCUUUUACACCAAUUCUACCAUCCGGCACAGGAGCGGUGGGGCCUCCUACAACAUGCAGCUGGCCUACAUCUUCACCAUCGGUGUGUGCUUGGUCAUCUGCUUCUUCAGUUUGCUGUUCAGCAUGGCCAAGUACUUCCGGAACAACUUCAUUAACCCCCACAUUUACUCCCGAGGCAUCGCUAAGCUGGUGUUUUGCUGGGACUUCACUGUCACCCAUGGGAAGGCCGUGAAGCUGAAACAGAAGAACCUCAGCACUGAGAUCCGGGAGAACCUGUCGGAGAUUCGCCAGGAGAACACCAAGUUCACGUUCCACCAGCAGCUGACCCGCUUUUCUGCCCACGUGGUGGCCUGGCUUGUCUCCACGGGAAUGGCCACCACCUGCUGCGUGGCUGUGUAUUACCUGUCUGAGUUCAACUCUGAGUUCCUGAAGACACACAGGAACCCCGGGGCGGUGCUGUUACUACCCUUUGUUGUGUCCUGUAUCAACCUGGCCGUGCCACGCUUCUACUCCAUGUUCAGGCUGGUAGAGAGGUUCGAGCUGCCACGGCAUGAAGUCUACGUCCUCCUGAUCCGAAACAUCUUGCUGAAAAUAUCCAUCGUUGGAAUUCUUUGUUACUACUGGCUCAACAUCGUGGCUCUGUCAGGAGAAGAGUGUUGGGAGACGCUCAUUGGCCAGGAGAUCUACCGGUUCCUCCUGAUGGACUUCGUGUUCUCCAUAGCAGAUUCCUUACUGGGGGAAUUUCUUCGGAGGCUCAUUGGCAUGAAGUUUAUCACCAGCUGUGGCUUACAGGAGUUUGACAUUGCCAGAAAUGUUCUGGAACUGAUCUACUCACAAACUCUGGCAUGGCUCGGAAUCUUCUUCAGUCCUCUGCUGCCCUUGAUCCAGACAGUGAUGCUCUUCAUCAUGUUUUAUGUCAAAAACAUCAGCCUGAUGAUGAACUUCCAGCCGCCAAGCAAAGCUUGGCGGGCCUCACAGAUGAUAACCUUCUUCAUCCUCCUGCUCUUCUUCCCGUCCUUCACUGGGGUUCUGUGCACGCUGGCCAUCACCAUCUGGAGGUUGCAGCCUUCAGCCAACUGUGGCCCCUUUCGAGGUCUGUCCUCCUUCAUCGAGGCCAUCUACAGCUGGAUCGACACCCUGAGUAGGACGCCUGGCUACCAGUGGGUUGUGUGGAUCUAUCGGAACCUCAUCGGCCGGGUGCACUUCUUCUUCAUCCUCACCCUCAUUGUGCUAAUCAUCACGUACCUGUACUGGCAGAUCACAGAGGGAAGGAAGAUUAUGAUCAGGCUGCUUCAUGAACAGAUCAUCAACGAGGGUAAAGACAAGAUGUUCCUGAUAGAAAAGUUGAUGAAACUGCAGGACGCCGAGAAGAGAGCAAACCCCAGCGCACUUGUACUGGAGAGGAGGGAGGUGGAGCUGGAGCAACAGGACCCUUUGCAUUGGGAGGAGCGUGGUUCUAUGCCCGACUUGAGAUUUAGGCGACCUGUUCAAGAGAACCCAAGAGCCUGAUGACUACUGUGGCUGGCACACUGAAGCAGGAAAGACAACAAAAAGGGAGUUUCUUCCAGGACACUGGAGCCAGAGCCUGGAAGAGCUUCCUACAGUGGACUCCACAUCAAGAGGGAACAUGAACCCAGUGCCAAUGGCCAAGUAAAAUGGGGGCUGUGUGCUGCUAUUUUUCAAACCUGGAUUGCUGAUUUUUCAUGAC